UUUUCUCGUCUAUCCGAUCGGCCAAUCACAUCCUAAACAGGUGUUAGAAUAGAGUUCAGGAAGGCGGGAACAGAGACAGAACAUUCCCUAUUGGCAGUUCUAACGUUACAGUUCUAAUGGUGGGGUGAAUAGGAGUGGCCUAUUUCCAGGAUAGCUUGGGCAGGAGUUUGAUGCAUGUUUCAGUUAUCCUUGCGAUCCUUACUGGGGUGGUUGUGGUAGUUCGAAUCGAACGAAGCUCGUAAUAAUAACUUAUCGUGUAAAUCUAUCAACCAGUUCUUCGAAGCAGAUAAAGUUCUUUUAAGUGCGUGUACUUGGGACUGAUCUUAAUGAUAGUAAAGUUGGUGUGACCAGUUUUGGAGGACCCCGUUGAGAUAUGGUUAUAUUGAAUACUCCAGUUUCUUCCCCUGGCAUGUCUUGCCGGGUAAACUACGGUAGCAACUCAGCCGACUGGGACAUAAAUGACAGUUCCGUGCCAAGGAUAAGCCAAUACGAUCACUUUUCCGAAUGGGCAGACGGACAUUGCAGGUUGGUUUAUCGAGUCGACAACGAGGACGCAAAGCGACACUCCUCGGGCUGGGCCAUGAGGAAUACCAAUAACCACAACGUCCAUAUUCUGAAGAAGAGCUGUUUGGGUGUUCUAGUCUGUUCCCAAAGAUGCCUUUUGCCAAAUGGCGAGUCUGUGCAUCUUAGGCCUGCUAUCUGCGACAAGGCUAGAAAGAAACAGCAAGGUAAUGAUACUAGCAAACCUUGUCCAAACAGACGAUGCACAGGUCGUUUAGUUAUAUUGCCAUGCAGAGGACACUGUGGUUACCCCGUCACACAUUUUUGGAGACAUACAGAUGAAGCGAUAUUCUUCCAAGCUAAAGGUAGUCAUGAUCAUCCUAGGCCGGAAGCGAAGAGCACUUCAGAAGCCCGAAGGAGUUUAGGCAGUGGCAGAAGGGUUAAAGGCUUGGCUGUGAUGUUGGCCAAAGAUACAGCGAUAGGAAAUAAGUUGGCAGCAUUGAGAGAAUCAAGACGACAAUAUCGAGAAAUGAUAAUCAACAAACGCAGAACAAAACUUCAAAAUCCACCACCACUUAUUUCCGACCAAGAAAAAGGUUACUGUUCCUGUCCUCCCUUUGAAUGCGUCUGCAAUGUACCAGCGGUCCCAGCAAUUCAACAAUAUCAGCACGAUUCACCAGGUAAUUAUCAACAACCACAAGUGCUGAAUUCCUAUUGGACCCAAGAGCCGGCUUACGCUCAGUCAUAUCCAGCAGAAAUCAACACGAGUUACAAUCAGCAAUAUGACUUGGCAAACAUAUCGACAGACCUUUUCCAGCCAGAGGAAAUAUUCCAGCUUGAUCAGCCGAUCAAGGCAGAAUAUUCCUUAAAUCAAAAUGAAAUGGCCUCAUCACCACCAACUCUCUUGGACUUGGGCAGUGGUACUAUCCACAGAGAAUUCAAGACGGAAGACUAUCUGACGCAAAAUUUAUCAAAUUUAGCAAGUGAAGAUAGUACCAACAGUUGUGGUAGUAGGUUCGAUCAAAAUCAAUCUCCUCCAAAUACCCAAGUGACGCCAUAUAAUAAUUUUAUGGUACCAGUGAUAAAUCAGAACUAUUAUAUGGAGAGUGCUAAAUUUGAAGACCCUAGCUAUCUUGUUGAUAAAGUAGACAGUACCCUAUUCAGUUCAACAGAACCUCCUAUAGGAGGAAUAUAUGAUGUUCAGUUGCCUGAAAGUAAACUGUUCUACAAUCAACAAGAUAGUUACAAUCAAUAUGAAACGAAAAAUUUCAAGGAUGUUAGUAACGAUAUGGUUCCGUAUAGCGACUAUCACUUUCUAACAACGGACUAUGAAAAUAGAAUGAGCAGUGAUUCCACUGCUCUAAGUGAUAUAAUAGAUUUUAAAAUGCAAUCGUAUUUUUCGAAUUCUAAUGUUUCCUUUGAACCAUCUCUGCACAUUGCAACUCAUUCAUAAUUUAGUGAGAGAAUAGUUGUAAGUGCUUUUGUACAUAUUUAUUUCUACUUCUUCAUGUGAGCCACUUGUCAGGGUCAUUGAAACAUGAUUUUUAUUCAAACGACCUGUUGAAAAUGAUCAUUGCGAUAAUAUUUCAAUGUUACAUAAAUCGCAAUAAGAAAAUAUUAAAAUUGUUUCAAUGACUCGGAUCACAUCAAAGAUUUUCCAAUUUCAGAACAUUCUACAAAUCAGAUAUAAAUUAUUCACAUCAAAUUCAGUCUUUAUGAGGAAUCAGUUUGAAUAUGAUUCCAACACUUUCUCAACAAUAGUGGUGUUUCUGUGAACAUGGAUCGCUUGAGUUUUAUGAAUUGUUACGUUCCUUUGUUGAAUUAAUUUUUUGAUAUUAUUUUUUAUACUAUCUCGUGCCGACAAUAUCACCUAAAUUCACCCGAUAUGAAUAUCAAUCUCCAAAUACCCAAAUAGCACCACAUAAUUAUUUUAUGACACAAGAGUUACAUCAGA